AUGGUGACGUAUGCCGCUGGAUGCUUCCUUCUUGCAGUUUUCGCGAGGGCGAGGUUCAGCGACAUGCAGGGCAGUGGAAUUAUGACUGAGGACGUUACGACGACUGCAGAUGGUCCUAAGGGUUACCUGGAGUCCAGCGUCACGCGCACUAAGACAGCCUACACCUUGGAAAGGAAGACGAGGUAUCUGGCUAUGUGUGCUCCUGUGCAAGGUUUUACGGACAGUUGGGCUCUCGCCUGGCGGGAGUUGGCCCGCAACGAAGGGCCGACCGUGGGAGUCGAUCGGCCAUUGCUGCCGGCCCCCGUCGAGAGCGGAGGAUGGCAAGAGGACCCCUCGGCCGUGCGAGCCUUGGGGACUCACUCCAUGAAGGGCUACUUUGCUGAGCUGGUGCGCAAAGUGGGGAUUGGCCAAGAUAGUGAUGUUGUCUACGGCCGUGACAACGUUGCCCCUGCCCUCCGAGCUUUGGAGCCAAUUUUGGAAGCCAUAGCUAUGAAGCGCUUCAAACCGGACAGCACUCGUUCUGGAAUGUUCGAGGGAUUGCGCGAGCCUGAGCCUCGCCCUGAAGACGACGAGAUUUCUUUGUCAUCGGAGGGCAGCGAGGACGAAGAGAACAAAGACUUCGCGGCUGAGGACGAGGCCGUGGAUGCUGUCGUGGGGCGAUGGGAACCUUCAGAAGGCUUGAGGGAUUUCCUUGAGAGAGCUCCUGUAUAUAGGCAUAGCAUCACCAGGUUUUUGCAUGUGGUGGCCUCCGAAGAGGGGAUGCACUUCAAGUGUGGAAGGAGAAUCUCAACAUCCUAUGCGAUUUGCGAGAGUCUCCCUGAUGUUUUGUUUCCAGUGUGCAAGCAGUGUUGCCCCGAUGUCAAGAAUGCUGAGAUCGGUGGCGAAGGCCAUAACGAGGUUAUCGUCUGUGAAGAGCGCUUUGCCCUGCAAGCAUCAAUAGCACACGGCAGGGCUAGUCUGGCUGGGAGAUCGGAAGCAUGGCGGCUUCCUAUUCAGAUAGUCGUAGCGUCUUCGAUGCUAGAGUGGAUGCCUGUGGCCUCCCAGCUGAUGAUGCUACCAAGGCGCCUCACUCAGCCUGAGCGUUCCGAACGUUAUGACAAGCAAUGCAAGAAAUUGUCUGGAAUAACCAUCAAGGGGGCAAGCGAACCUAGCGAAGCCCUAGUCGACAAGGCUGUGUCAGCCUAUGAGGGCAACGAGCUCCGGUAUAUACCUUGGGACGCCUGCACCUCUCGUGAGCAGGAGGUGACUUCCGAACGGAAAAAGGAUACUCGUUUUACUGUCGACGAGAACACUGGCAAAUUGAAGGUCGAGGCCAAGGAUCCCGAGGAUAAGGCUUGCACUACUUCCGAGGUGCAUGUGUUGCAAGCCCUCCAGCGCAGGUCGCUGGCUAUGGAUCAGGCGAAUCUUAGCGAGUAUACUUUGAUGCAGCAGUGGUCUGACAGGAUCCUGCGUGCUAGGAUGGAUGAGCCUCCUCCUCAGUACACUCGACCCUCUUGGUCGCAACUUGUGUCCGCUGACAAGAAACUCUUCAGUGAGUUGCGUGACCUCACGAGAGACGGAGUGCAGUCCUCAAGCACAGGUGUCAGACCGAUUGACAAGCAUCUUCCUGCUGUCAUGAUGUCUUACGAUGUUGUAUCUUUGCUUCAGCCCAUGCCGAUGGCGAAAGCUUCUGGGGGUACGCAGGCCACUUCCGAGAAGGAGCGGCUUGGUCCUUACAGUCCGCCUCCU